AUGAAGUAUGAAGUUAUAGAAGAAAAAUAUCCCAUCUUGAGCGAUGAAUUCGACGGAAUAAAUUUAGAGAGAGGAAAGCAUGGGGUAUUUGAUAUUGAAGACCUUGUAGAUUUACUGCAAAGAGAAAACUCAAAAAAUAUUUUUGUAGCAACUGUGCCAAAGGACAUUAAUUUUGUAGAAUACAUAUGUGUAGUUAGUGGUCGCAGUAAAAGACACAUAAAAGCUUUAGCAGAAUUUGUGCGUAAGGUUUACAAAAAAAAAUGUUACAAAAGUGAUCAAUUACCUAGGAUAGAAGGAAAAGAUUCCGAUGAAUGGAUGGCAUUAGAUUUAGGUAAUAUUGCUCUUCAUAUAUUUUCUGAUAAAGUUCGAGAAGUUUAUGACUUAGAAACCCUUUGGGCUGUGGGUCCAGAAUAUGAUGAAAAAAUGACUCAAAAGAGUGAUGUUGUUGAUAUAUUUGAAAACUAUAGUGCAUACUUAAAAGACCUUAAACCACUAGGAUAA